AUGGCUUUUAUUUUACGAGCUUUCAUUCUUCUUUUUUUCUACACAUUCGUCUGGAAUCUUUCUUGCAUCACGCCUCUCUUCAGCAGUAGUACUGAUGAAUAUAGCGAUGUCCAGUGCCUAAAAUCCAUUAAAGAUUCCUUGGAAGAUCCAUUCAAUCACUUAACAUGGACUUUUGAACACCUCACAGCAGGUUCCUUCUGUAAUUUUGUUGGGGUUGAAUGCUGGCACGAUCAAGAAUUCAAAAUACUCAAUCUUAGUCUCUCUAACAUGGCGCUCAAGGGAAAGUUUCCUCAGGGUUUGGAACAUUGCAAAAGCUUGCAGUUUCUCGACCUUUCAGGGAACCAUCUUUAUGGAACAAUCCCACUUGAAAUCUCCCAAAAUCUUCCGAAUCUUAUAUCACUAAACCUCGCCAACAACUCAUUCUCUGGUGAAAUCCCAUCAACUUUAGCCAACUGUAUUUAUCUGAAUAUGCUUGAACUUGACCAUAAUCAGUUAACGGGUCAAAUCCCUCAGCAACUUGGUCAGCUUGGAAGGAUCAGGGUGUUUAAUGUUUCAAACAAUAUGUUGUCAGGUCCUGUGCCUAAUUUUCCAGUCCCCGAAGAAAGCUAUGCCAACAACACAGAACUUUGCGGAGAGCCUCUGAAACCAUGCGAAGGGAAAGGGGGAAGCUUCAAAUUUGACUUCUCAUUCGAAAGUGGAUUUGUGGCUGGUUUUGUGUUUUCUGCAGUUUCAUUUAUAAUUAGUUUUGUGUCCUGUGUGUGCUUUGGGCAUAUCUAA